AUGCUCGAGGACGGUUCAAGGUUGACUGCUGCAGGGGUUACUGGCCUUGUGCUGGUGUUGCUUCUCACUUUCCCGUCGUUCACUAGCAUAUCAAUUCACAUCCGAGAAUCCAAGUCAAAUCCCAAACCCAAAAUCUACGAAGAUGAAGAUGGAGUUGCAACGGAGCAAUCAAUGGCAAAGUACUCGGCCAAGAUUCCCAAGAUCUUCCAUGUUUUUUUCACGAUUUCCGGCCUCUCUGCCGCCGUCGCGCUGGCUAUCCUCGCCACCAUAAACUCUCCUAGAGGCAUGUUCGCUGAUGACUGGUUGAAUGUAGCGCAAUGGUUCCUACUCGUGGUUCAGGCGCUCACCAUUGCAAGCGUCCGAAACACGCUCAGAUCUUAUACCCUCGGGGUAUUUUCAUUGAUCUCUUGCAUGUUACUUCUUGCAGUGCUUCUGAUACAAGGCAUGCUUUUAGCUCAAAAUGUUGGGGUGAGUAGUUCAUUAGGAGCCACUGGUCUUCAAAUUGCACAACUGGUCCUCGUGGUCUUUGCUGCGCUUGCUAGUGUCUCCAUUCCACGUCGGCCAGAUGUAUUUUAUGAUGGAGCUUUUGUUGAUGGCAUGAAUACUGUAUCUGCUCUCGAGCGCUACAGCUUUUCCUGGGUUGAUCAACUACUUGCCCUUGCGCGGAAGAAGAAAAGACUGGAUCAAAAUGACUUGCCGAAAAUGGAUCACUACACUCGAGCUAGAGACCUAAGCGAAGACUGGAGACGGAAAAAACAUACCCAACGCCUAUGGAUAGAGAUAUUUCUGGUUCACAAGGCGCAAUUCAUCACUCAAUGGUUCCUAACUCUCCUCCAAGCCUUUGGGAAUUUUGCCCCGCAAUUCGUUACGUAUCACAUCUUGCGUAUCCUUGAAAGGCGAGUUGCGGGACAGGCCGUCAGUUCCGAGGCUUGGAUUUGGGUAUUGAUGCUCACUCUGACUACUGUAGGUGCCGCCUGGAAUGAAGCUUGGUUGUUUUGGAUUAGUUGGUCGGGCCUCGCCAUCCCUAUCCGAUCACAGCUCUCAAGCCUCAUAUUCCAGAAGGCUAUGCGAAGGAAAGAUGUGAAAGGCACUUCUAAAUCUAGAAAAAUAACAUCUAGCGAGGGCACUGAUCUUAUGAAUGCACCCGGUGACGAAGUUGCUGGAGACAAGCCGAAAAUCGACGGGGAUAAAAGUGACCCAAAAGGCAAACAAUCCACGGUUAAUCUCAUCGGUGUUGAUACAAAGCGCGUUUCAGACUUUUGCUCUUUUAACAAUUACUUUCCAGGUUGUCUUUUCAAGCUGGCCAUAUCCUUCUCAUUCCUACUGAGCAUCCUUGGGUGGAAGGUGUUACUUUGCGGAUUUUUAGUUAUGUCUCUGACCCUUCCUGUUAACAUUUACUUUAGCAAGCGGUACUCAGCCGCACAGGAUAGGCUUAUGAAGGUUCGAGAUGUAAAGAUGGGAGUUGUUACGGAAGCACUACAAGGUAUCCGGCAAAUCAAAUUUUCUGCUCUAGAAUCUAAUUGGCAUGCCAAGAUUGGCAAAAUUCGAGCCAAAGAGUUGGCUGAACAGUGGAGUGUUUAUGUCUCCGAUACUGUUUUGAUUUUCUGCUGGAUCACCGGGCCUGUAGCACUUUCCGCAGCAUCCCUCUCUCUCUACGCCUGGCUAUAUGGAGAGCUAUCUCCAUCAGUAGCUUUUACCUCCAUUGGAGUAUUUGGGGGUCUUGAGGUAACAUUGGCUGUUAUCCCAGAACUCACGACGUAUCUUAUCGAUGCGUGGAUCUCUAUCGAGAGAAUUGAGAGGUACCUGAACGCCCCCGAGAUAACUAAGAAUACCAAUGACGCACCGAAUAUAUCGUUUGAAAAUGCGUCGAUCGCCUGGCCAUCGGAUGAGGAAAAGGAAGAUGGCGACGAGCGUUACGUUCUACGAAAUGUCAAUAUUUCAUUCCCGGAAAAAGAACUAAGUGUCGUAAGUGGCAAGACUGGAAGUGGCAAAAGCUUGUUGCUAGCAGCUAUACUUGGAGAGGUUGACCUUCUUUCCGGGAAGAUCAAUGUCCCGCGAUCUCCUCCUACUGAAGAACGCCAUGAUCACCUCGCUACAAAGGAUAAUUGGGUUAUUCCCUCAUCCAUCGCCUUCGUGGCUCAGAUUCCCUGGAUUGAAAACGCUUGCAUUAAAGACAAUAUCCUGUUUGGUCUUCCAUUUGACCAAUAUCGAUACCAGAAAGUCAUCGAAGUAUGCGCUCUGAAGAAAGACUUGGAAAUGCUUACUGAUGGAGAAAAUACCGAGAUUGGAGCUAAUGGCAUAAAUUUAAGCGGUGGACAGAGAUGGAGAGUCACCUUUGCUCGUGCUUUAUACUCACGGGCGGGUAUAUUAAUCUUGGAUGAUAUAUUUAGCGCCUUGGACGCAAACGUUGGGCGAUUCACGUUCGAGGAAGGAUUAGCAGGCGAGUUGGGUAUUGGGAGGACCCGAAUCCUAGUCACACAUCAUGUCGCACUUUGCAAAUCAAAAACCAAGUAUAUCGUCGAGUUGGGCAACGGAACUGUCGAGAAUUCCGGCUUAGUUCAAGAUUUUGAGAGCGACGGCACGCUAGACGAGAUGAUAAAGCGUGAAGAGACCGAGCAAGAAACCCAGGAGGAUGAAGAAUCUACAGCCGUCAACUCUGAACAAUUCUCCGAUAGUGAGAAUACUAAGCAGUUUAAGGAGGUCAAUUCUAAGACAGCUGCCCCGAAGAAGUUCGUGGAAGAUGAAGCGAGGGAAAAAGGCGCAGUUAAGACUGCUGUUUAUUUGAACUACAUGAAGUCGAGCGGUGGCUGGCUAUUCUGGUCCGUUGCAGUCCUUUCGUACGCUAUCGUACAGGGAUUUGUCACUGGUCGAUCUUGGUGGCUUCGUCUUUGGACCGGCGAUACGACUGAUCAGCACCAAAGUAUAAAACAUACGCUCGCCUAUUCAUUCCAAGUCAAUGGCCUCUCGCACGGCUUUACCCCUUCACUCAACUCCAGCGCUCCGAUCAAACACACUGACAACAUUGGAUAUUACCUAGGUAUUUACGUAACACUCUCUGUCGUGUCAAUAUUCGUUGGGACAUUCAGAUAUUGGUGGAUUUAUACUGGCUCCAUUCGCGCAUCCCGCAGCCUUUUCGACAAACUCAGCUUUACUAUCCUCAGAACCCCCUUGAGAUGGAUGGACACUGUUCCUCUAGGCAGAAUUCUUAACCGUUUUACAGCGGACUUUACUGUCGUCGACGCUAAACUUUCUAUGGAUAUUGGUUUCGGAGCCAAUAAUCUAUUCCGCUUAAUUGGAAUUAUGAUUGCAGGUAUCUUCGUUUCGCCGUGGGUGAUUAUCCUGUCCCUCAUGCUCCUUAGCCUAUGUCUCCAUGUCGCCCUCCGGUUCCUACCCGGUGCCCGAGAAGUUAAGCGUCUUGAGUCCAUCGCCAAGUCUCCUAUCUUCGAGCAAUUUGGUAGCGCUCUGACUGGAGUUGGGACCAUCCGGGCUUUCGAUAAAUGUGAUGUGUAUAUUUCACGCAUGUUCUCCAAGAUCGACGACCAUACUACAUCCUUCUGGCACCUUUGGGCAUUUAACCGCUGGAUGGGCUGGCGCAUGGCUCUGAUAGGGGGGUUCUUCGCCACAUUUAUAUGUAUAUUCAUUCUGCUGAUGAAAGAUAUUGAUGCCGCACUUGCGGGGUUUGCCCUUUCCUUUGCACUCGAAUAUGGCCAAGUGGUAAUCUGGACCAUCCGGCACUACACGAACCUCGAGCUCAAUAUGAACGCCGCUGAGCGUAUUAUGGAGUACUCAAACCUAGCAACAGAACCACUUGACGGCGCCGAUCCUCCUGCAGCUUGGCCUAGCGAAGGUCGCCUUGAAGUUAACGACCUCGUCGUUGGUUACGCUCCGGACCUCCCACCUGUGCUAAAGGAUUUGACAUUUACAGUUGAACCUAAUGAGCGGAUCGGAGUCGCCGGCCGGACUGGGGCUGGCAAGUCCUCUUUAACGCUCGCUCUCUUCCGCUUUCUUGAACCCCGCGAAGGUUCGAUUCAUAUCGACGGUCUUGAUAUCUCGACCAUCAAGCUGCAGGCCUUACGCUCCCGCCUUGCUAUCAUCCCUCAAGAUCCCGUUCUCUUCUCCGGGACUGUACGUUCCAAUCUCGAUGCCUUCGACGAGCACACUGAUGCCGAACUCCGCGACGCACUUGUCCGUGUACAUCUCGUUUCCUCUUCAGACUUCAAUACCUCCCCUGCGUCACCCACUUCGCAAGCCUUGCCCGCAACUUCUCCCGCCGGCAAUUGCAACACUUUCACCUCUCUCAAUUCCCCUAUCUCAGAAGGCGGCCUCAACCUCUCCCAAGGCCAACGGCAACUCCUCUGCCUUGCGCGAGCCAUCGUAUCCCGCCCUAAAAUCAUGGUUCUAGACGAAGCUACCUCCGCCGUGGAUAUGGCAACCGACGCACUCAUCCAGCGGAGUAUCCGUGAGGAAUUUAAGGAUUCGACACUAGUUGUUAUUGCACAUAGAUUGAGCACUAUUGCGGAUUUUGAUAAGAUUUUAGUUAUGGGCGAGGGAAAGGUGGUGGAGUUUGGGACGCCAAGGGAGCUUUGGGACAAUGAAAGCGGUGUGUUUAGAGCUAUGGUGGGGGAAAGUGGGGAGAAGGAACGGUUGGAAGGGAUUAUGAUGGGGAAUGUGCCGCACGCGGAGUAG